AUGCCUCCACCUUCCUCCCCGGACGGCCUCUCGCUACCCGCCGAGGGGACCAUAGCAAGAAGCAGGUCUCGAUACAAAGGUCCACGUCCUCAUAAGACUCUCGUCAAACCGUCAGACUCUCCGAGCCUCAGUGCAAAACAGCUUCAGCGACUGCGCAGUACUACAUUUUCUCCGCGCGAACCAAGGCUCCAGAGCGAUGGGGAAGAUGGAAGAGGGCUUAUGAUACGGCCACCGCUUCAUGAAUCCACGCAGAGGCACCGAGUAUCUGCAAAUGAUGCCCAACCAUCUGAAGCAUCUGUGGCCCAGAAACAUGAGAAACUGGGGAAGGCAAAGAAUGGUACAACGUUACAGGAUGAGGUCAUUCCUCAAUCACAGGCUCUGCAAUGCUACCAGCAAAAUCGUCCGCGCAGAAGAUACGAUAUAGAAGCAGAGCCUCACAAGGAAGCAGGUCAAGACCUAACGCAGAGUCAAAAGGUAGCAACAUUCCCUGAGCAAUAUUCUCGCGCUCUGGGGCCGGGCUUCCGUUCCCACCAAAACGUCGAAGCGAUUGCGAUCAUUAAAUCACCUACAUUGCCCGGGAGAGGCCUUACGCAGCGUAUCGCUGGACACUCGAAUGGAAAACGCCUACGCAAAAGUAGGGAGGAGCUCAAGAGGACGAUCUCAGCGCCCAUUGCCAUUGAACGGCCUCAAAUUAGCGUUAGACCUGCUUUUGAUGCUCCUGUGUCGGCUGUCAAUGCUGGAGAGCGCAGGGUCAAGGUCAAAUAUGACCAGAAUCUGAUGUUGCUUCCUGUAACGCCAUCAACGACAUCAUUGGAUAUAAUUGGCUCCGCUGCCGAUCAGUUGGCAGAGUCUAUUGAUCCGAAUAGCACAAUUCUCCUUGAGUCGUUCAAACAAUUAGGACUUGAGCGCCCCCUUAGGAGGUAUGAGCAUGUCCGUGAUGUGCUGAAUUCCUGGGACAACGAUGCGCAAAAUACAUUGAUAAUUAAGCCAACUCCUACAGGCGGCAGGGAUGAUCUGCUGGAUCUCCAUUCCAGCUCGAGCUCCCAGCCUAUGGACACAUCGGUAUAUAUCCAUUAUUCACAGAAACCUGGCCAUUGGGACAAACGAUGGGUCACGCUACGCUCAGACGGACAGAUGCUAGUAGCCAAGAGAGAAGGUGGUGAAACAGCUAACAUCUGUCACAUAUCUGAUUUUGAUAUCUAUAUUCCGACCGCACGGCAGUCGGCCAAGAGGAUCAGACCACCAAGAAAGAUAUGCUUCGCCGUCAAGAGCCAGCAGAAGUCGAGCAUGUUCUUAAGUACAGCCAAUUUUGUUCAUUUCUUUUCAACGAGCGAUAAGUCGUUGGCUGCAUCUUGGUACACAGCCGUCCUAGAAUGGAGAAGUUGGUACUUGGUCAAUGUGAUGGGCGAGGGAAAAGAAGGUGCACAGGGCCCUAAGAAACUAUCCACGAAAGCAGACAUCCAUAAGCUUUCAAAUAGUGAAUUCUCGAAAACGGAGGGCCAGCGCAGACCGCCAGAGCCGUCAUCUCAAGGCAUGAGUUCGAUCAACGCCUUUACAUUGGCCAAUGAUAGCACAGAGCAUGUCGUUCCUUUCAGAAAUGCCAACCCUAGGCGCAGUGUAGCUGGGGACUCUGUCGACGAUACGCCGUUCCGCAGUCGAAGCGAAAAUCAGACCCCGAAUUCCAAGAAACUCACUAAAGACGCUAAUAUAGGUGCCCCAAAUGAACAUGGUCCUUCGUUCGUGCAGGCUGUACAGCAAGAAGAGCCUCAGCCCUUCGCGGCGACAGGUUUGCUCGGUAGAACAUAUACCCAGCGCCAGAAAGCCCAACGAGAGCGCGAGAAGACACAAAAUGCUGAGCCAGAUCAAGCCGUGGCGACGCCGAAUACCAAUCUCGUUAACAGCAUGAAUCGAACGCUCUCACAACGUCCAAAACCCAAGCCUUUGAUCGACUUGACUCCUCAGUACCAGGAGCCACCGCAGCAUGCAAAGAAAGGCAGAGGUGUCGUACUUAAGCAAAUACCUGCUGGAGGCCUGGUUGAAGUGGCUAAUACACCAGAGGCUGCUAUGCCGAUCCCACCUUCUACCACAUGGCGUAGACCUACAAGCAGGGGUGGAGAUGGGCCCAGCAUUGGUCGGUCGAAAACCGUGCGUCGAGAUCACAGCAGCAGUGCGCCCUUAGAGCGGAAGCAGACUUCGGUGUCACCAGGAAAGGGAGAUAUGGCUUUCACUGGUGGACUCCUUGCCAGCAGGAGUAGUGGUCAAGGUGGUGCAAGGACGGGAAGGGGAGUCAUGACUGGGAUUAGGCAGGCGAAAGAACCCAUGCUGGAUGUAGGAGAGGAGCGUCAGUAUGCGCCUGGCAGUCUGCUAGAGCGCGUCGAAAGGCAAGAUGGAGGCUCCUUCCCGACGAUCGAAAUGGAGAAGAAAAGAGAGAUCAUUGCAGCUAUGGGCAAAGGUACCUAG